AUGGAAAAUGCAGAAGCUGAAACAUCGAAUGGGAAACCAUCAGCUGCAGUUGUACAAGAGUAUCUAGUGGAGGCAUAUGAGACUAAAGUAGCAGAGAAGAAAAAACUAUUGGUUCCAAUUUCUCUUGUUCACGUAAAAGAUAGUAAAGAGCAAGUUGGUCAGAACAAUAUUCAAUAUUAUUUUCUAGAGGAUUCAAAGAAUGUAGGCAUGACUGUUUAG